CGUGUGAUAUAGUUGAAAGUAGUGCAUCUGCGAUAGUCGAAAGAGACGUAGUUUAUAGCUUGGUCAUUUGUUGUACCUUAGGCAGUAUGUCAUCUUCAUCUACUGAUGUCGCUUUAACGAGACAAGAAGCAUUCAAGGAUUUCUCUUUUUUUGAUGAAGAAACCGUAUCUGUGCAAUUAUCACAAGUUGUAUUACUGUUCCACCCAUGUUAACUACAAAAGAUAUUGAGAGCAGUAAUAUUAUUUUUGACGGAAAUAUAAAUGUUAUAAAUGCAGCCGAUGCCAAUUCAUUUCCUGUAACAUGUGAUAAUAACCUGGAAUCCGAUAAAGAAAUAUUACAGAUAGCGCGAGAUAUUGCUAUCAUUAAAGGGCAAUAUGAUACAAUAUGUCGUAUGCAUGCUUCACUUCUGGUUACAUGUAAAAAUAUUGAUGAAAGAUUAAAGAAAAUGGAGCGCAAGCAUGUAAUACCUUCUGGAGAAGUGCAAUAUCAACUACUUCGUCCAUUAUUGCCAUUAAAAUGUCUUCAACAUAUUAAUAAUUUCGAAGAACUUAUCACAACUAAUGAUUCAGCCCUUUCUCAGUAUAGAAGUUUUAUCUCUAAUAUUGGAGGCUACACAACGAAAGAUAACAUUCAUAGGAUUUCAAAAAAAGUUUUCUCCGAUGAAUGUGCUAAACUUUGUUCAUGGAAAGGGAAAAAAAAUAAUUAUGCUAUGUAUAAUUUAUAAAUAAUCACAGAAAUUAAUGCAGCUGUUGUUUCAUCUCAUAAAUUAAAAGAAAUCGAAUUUGAAGACGUUGCUGCAGAGUGGUUUCGUUUUGCAAAACAACGAAGUAAGAAAAAAUUAGAAUCAACACCGAAGGAAGUA